GGAUGCGUCCACGGCGGCCCUACUUUUCGUGCUGCCGCUGACAGGCAGACGGGCGGUGCUCCGGUCGCUCAAACAUGGCCACCAUGAUGGAACCUCCGCUGUAACGUGAACGUUUUCGUUCGUAUUUAGCAUUUGGCUGCGAGCUAAAAGCGACUUUUUGUGCGGACGCGAUGAGCGAGAAGGCGGCGGGCGAGUUGCUGUGAUUGCGGCUGGCCGGCACUGUUGAGACAAAUGUUUGCUGGCGGCGGCGGGCAAGUUGUCUGUAAACACGUCGCUUGAGUCGCGCUUCUCAGCAAGCUGGAGAGGAAAAGCAGGAGAAUUGCAUCCAACCAAAUGCCCUCAGAGGACAGAAGAGCCCCACCUCCUGUCACUCGUGCCGGACGCAAAGCCGCCGCAUCCGAGAAGCGGCCUCGCGGGCGACCUCGAAAGGAUGGCGUAGGCGGCCACGCUGCGCCGCCGCCGCCUCCUCCUCCUCCCCCCAAGUCGAGGAAGAAGGGGAGGAGUCGAGGCCAAGCCCAGGUGGAGGAUGAAAAGGGCGCGGCCACGACGGAGAAAACUCCUCCUCUUGACAAGAUGAAAGAGAACGUGACAAGCGGACGCCGUGGCUCCGCCUCCAGGAGGAGGUUCAACACUGACCCCGCCCCUGCCGUCCCCGAAGCCCCUCCCAGCGACGAUCCCGUUCCUUUUACCCUGCCCCUGACAUCCAACUCUGAGGAGGAACUGCCUCAAACCGCUCCCGUUGCCCCGCCCCCUUCUCCACACAGCCUGGCUCCCAGCCCGAGCGCCGCACCCAUUGAGGCAGAGGUAGGCGGAGCCAGCGGAGGCUACAGCCCCGCACGGUGGCCCCGCCCGCGCCUCGAUGACGACGACACACCGUCGCCGCUUUUAUGCCGAUCCCCGUCCGAAGACUCCGGCUCGCCAACGCCCAGCCUGGGACACACCGAAAGACGCCUGCAGCAGUGUGCCUUCUGUUACCACGGCGACCAACCUCCCAUGGGCCAAGGCCCGCUGGUGGUGUUCGGACCCACGCCGGGCUACAUCCCGCUUCACAUCCUCAGCCGCAGAACGUCCUCGGACCGCGACGGCGAUUGUCACGACCACUGCUACCGACGCAGCCAGGCCGCACACAUGAGCAGCAGCAGCAGCAGCAGCAGCAGUCCAGCACAGUGUGACGACGAGUCUUCCUUCCAGUUGGUGGAGCAGCUCGGAGCCAUCGGACUUCCACACGACAUCGACGUCCAAACACUGUUUGACCCCACAGGUCAGUGCUGCGCUCACCUUCAGUGUGCGGCCUGGUCGGAGGGCGUGUGUCGGGGUGAGGGCCAAUCGCUGCUCUACGUGGACAAAGCCAUCGACUCAGGAAGCACACAGGUGUGUGUGUUCUGUGGCGGUCUCGGAGCGUCGCUGCGUUGCCGCGAGUCCGGCUGCGGGCGGAGCUACCACUUCCCGUGCGCUGCUGCUGCGGGAGCUCAUCAGGACUGGGAGCACAGACGCACGCUGUGCACAAGACACGCACAAGCAGCGUCUCGAUCGUGCGUGUCGUGUUCAUGCGGCGGUGACGCCGGCAGUCUGUUGAUGUGCUGUUCCUGCGGUAACCAAUACCACGCUAGAUGCCUGGCCCCACCCCUGACGCCCUCCUCCCUGAUCCGGGCUAGCUGGCAAUGUUUACAAUGUCGAGUGUGUCAGAGCUGCAGGCUCCGAGAGGAGACGUCUGUGUUGCUGGUGUGUGCUCGCUGUGAUAAAGCUUACCAUCCACACUGUCUGACUCCUCCACUGGAUCACACACCUGACAGUAAAUGGACCUGCCAGAGCUGUAGGGUGUGUCUUCGCUGCGGUGUGAGGUCCUCUGGUCCCUGGGCCAAUCACCCGUUCCUUUGUGCGUCAUGUGACCCAGCUCUGCCUUGUGCUCUCUGUGGCCGCGCCCCCGACUUGUACUCACUGCAGGACUAUGUGAUGUGUGUCUGCUGCUACAGGUGUGUGCAUACCCAGUGUGUUUCCAUCGAGGCAGGCAUCAGCACAACAAAGUGUGAUGACAAAAGUUACAUUUGCCCUACCUGUCAGCCUCAGAGGGCGGAGCUAGCAAUACUCGCACCAAUCUCUCACAGUCCUGCCCAAGACCUCCAGCUUAGACCCACACAGGCGCCACAUGUUCAAAGUCCUCCUGAAGUUUUCCCCCUGAGUACUACCCCUCACAGCCCCUUCCAGCUAUGUUCAGAGCAGGCUAAGACUCCAACUGAACCUACAGGACUGUCGCACGAAGGUCCAGUACCGUUUCCAGCCGAUGCCACAGAGCUCCAGCAAAGUCCAACUCUAUCUUCUUCUAGCGCCACAGAGCACAGACUAACUUUAGUCCUGGCUGCCUCCAACCCAGAAGAGCUCCAGCAAAGUCCAACACCAUCGCCUUCUAACUCCGGAGAGCAAAGACUAAGUCUAGUCCUGUCUCCCUCCGACCCAACAGAGCUCCAGCAAAGUCCAAAAUCGCUUAUGCCCACAGAGUUAAAACCAAGUCCACGGUCAUCGCCCUCUCCUGCUACAGAGCCACAGCAAAGACUAAGUCCAGAACCAUCUCCUUGUUACCCAGAACCUAGAUUAAAUCUAAUACUAUCUCUCUCUGACCCACCAGAGCUUCAGCAAAGUCCAGAAUCAUCUCCUUCUAACCCCGCAAAGGUUAGACUGAGUCCAACACAGUCUUCAUCGAACCCAACAGACCCCCAGCAAAACACAGAACCAUCACCCAUUCACUCCACAGUGCUGAGAGACAGUCCAUUGCCAUCUCCUGCAAACCUCACAGCAUCGCCGUGUAGUUCAUCUUCCUUGGACCACACAGAGCUUCACCAAAGUCCUUCUGAGCUGCAGACAAGUUUAGCAACAUCUCCCUUUAACCCAACACAAUUUAGUGAAAGUCCACCACAAUAUCCAUCUGAGCACACAGACCUCCCUUUGACCUCUCAUCCCACAGAGCUUCAACUAAGUACUGUUCGAUCCUCUUCUAACAACACAGAGAUCCAGAGGAGUCUUGUACCAUCCCUUUCAGAUGCAACAGAUCACCAGCAAAGUCCAGUUCCAUCUCCUUCGAACAUCACAGAGCUCCAACAAAGUCCAGACUCAUCUUCUUUUAAUGUCACAGAGCUCCAUCCAACUCCAGUCCCAUCUUCAUUGAUGCCCACAGAGUUCCAGCUAAGUUUCGUCCCAUCUCCUUCUAACGCCAAGGAUGUCCAUAUGAGUCCAGUACAAUCUCCUUCUAACGACAUUGAGCUACAGCAAAGUCCACUCCCAUUUCCUAACGUCACAGAGUUCCAGCAAAGUCCGCCAUUUCCUUCUAAUGUCACAGAGCUCCAUCCAACUCCAGUCCCAUCUUCAUCGAAGCCCACAGAGUUCCAGCGAAGUUCAGUGCCAUCUCCUUCUAACGCCAAGGAUGUCCAUAUGAGUCCAGUACAAUCUCCUUCUAAUGACACUGAACUACAGCAAAGUCCACUCCCAUGUCCUAACGUCACAGAGUUCCAGCAAAGUCCGCCAUUUCCUUCUAAUGUCACAGAGCUCAAUCUAAAUCCAAUCCCAUCUUCAUCGAAGCCCACAGAGUUCCAGCGAAGUUCAGUCCCAUCUCCUUCUAACGCCAAGGAUGUCCAUAUGAGUCCAGUACAAUCUCCUUCCAACGACACUGAGCUACAGCAAAAUCCACUCCCAUGUCCUAACGUCACAGAGUUCCAGCAAAGUCCGCCAUUUCCUUCUAAUGUCACAGAGCUCAAUCUAAAUCAAAUCCCAUCUUUAUCGAAGCCCACAGAGUUCCAACAGAGUCCUGUCCUAUCUCCUUCUAACGCAAAGGAUCUCCGUCUAAGUCCAGUCCCAUCUCCUUCUAACCCGAAGGAUCGCUGUCUAAGUCCGGUCCCAUCUCAUUCUGACGCAAAGGAUCUCCAUCUAAGUCCAGUCCCAUCGCCUUCUAACGCAAAGGAUCUGUGUCUAAGUCCAGUCCUAUCUCCUUCUAAACUAAAGGAUCUCCGUCUAAGUCCAGUCCAAUCUCCUUUUAACGACACAGAGAUACAGCAAAGUACACUCCCAACUCCUAAUGUCACAGACUUCCAGCAAAGUCCAACACCAUCUCCUUCUGUCUCAGAUCUCCAUUUAAUUCCAGUCUCAUUUACAUCGAAGCCCACAGAGUUCCCACAAAGUCCAGUAUUGUCGCCAUCUAAUACAAAGGAGCGCCAUCAAAGUCCUGUUCAGUCUCCUAACAUCACAGAGCUCCAUCAAAGUCCUGUUCAGUCUCCUAACAACACAGAGCUCCAUCAAAGUCCUGUUCAGUCUCCUAACAACACAGAGCUCCCUCAAAGUCCUGUCCAGUCUCCUAACAUCACAGCGCUCCAUCAAUGUCCAGUCCCAUCUACUAACAUCUCAGAGCUCCAGCAAUGCCCGUUGUCAUCCCCUUCUAACACAACAGAUCUCCAUUUAAGUCUAGACCAAUCUUCUAACGUCACACAGCUCCAGAAAAGUCCAGUCCUUUCCAUUUUUAACUUUACCGACCUCCCCCCAUGUCCAACACCACCACCUUCUAAAAUCACAGAGCUUCAGCAAAGUCCGGUACCAUCUUCAUCGAAGCCCACAGUGUUUCAAGAAAGUCUAGUCCCUUCUCCUAUCAAUGUCACAGAGCUCCAUCAAAGUCCAGUCUCAUCUCCUUCUAACACUACAGAGCUCCAACAAAGCUCAACACCAUCUCUUUCCAACAUCACAGAGAUUCUGCUUAGUCCAACACCAUCGCCUUCUUACAUCACAGAGCUCCAACAAAGUCCAAAACUGUCUUCCAGCGUCACAGAGCUCCAUCGAAGUCCAAUCCAAUCUCCUUUGAACAUCACAGAGCUCCAUCAAAGUAUAAUCCCAUCUCCUUCUAACAUCACAGAGCACUGUGUUAGUCCUGUCCCAUUUCCUUCUGGCACAGAAUUCCAUCAAACUCCAGUCCAAUCUCCUAACAUGACAGCACUCCAACAAAGUCCAACAUCAUCUACUUCUAAUGUCACAGAGCUCCUGCAAAGUCCAGUCCCAUCCCCUUCUGAAGUCACAAACACGAGACUAAGUCCAGAACCUUCUACACCAAUCCCCACAAAUGUCCAGCCAAGUCUAGUUCAAUCUCCCUCAGUCCCUGCAGAACUUCAUGAAAGUCCUGUGCCGUUGCCCUCAAACGCCACAGAGCAAACGCGGAAUUCCAAUUUAUUAGGUCUUGAGCCUCUCAUGGUUGGAAAAAGCCCCGGAGAACACCAACACCUCACUACACCUUCUUAUCCUUGUGGAGCAGAUCUCCAAAAAGGUGCACUGCAACCUCCCCCUAGUCCAGCUGAUCUUGUAAAGACCCAUCUGUUCUGCUUUGAGACUGCAGAACUUCAGGAAUGUCCUGCUGCACCUCAUCUUAGUCCAGUCCAAGUAAAGAAUGACCCACACGUCAACCAUGUUCCUUGGGAAUGUAAGGAAAACCAUGCCACAUCGCCAAUAAUUCACUUUUGUUCAACACCCCCUCCAUUGUUUUCUGUUCCUUUGGACAUGGAGCCAUUCACUGUCCUUUUGACCUCCACACCGGCUCAACUUAGUCCUCCAUCCAGCCCUUCCAUGCAGUCAACCAGGGAAAAGCUUGCAACAGAAGUGUCUCCAAAGUCUCCGGUGCAGGAUAGUACGAUGUCCGAGCUCAGACCGAGCAGAUUUGAUGGUGAUGAAGCAAAGCCUGAGAUUAUCUCUCCAGACCACAUUGUGCAAGAUGAUGGCACCCAGCUGAGUAGAGCCCAUAGUCCUGCUGACGUCACCAUUGACCCGGCACUGCUCCGAACCCAUCAAGGAAAAUGCAUUCCUGAGCUGCAUUGUUCUACACAAGUUGUAACAUCACCUCUGCAGAGUCCUACACAGGAUGUUGAAAUGGUGCUAGCUCAGGAGAGCAAUUCUUCUCAUUUGGCCACUUUUACACUGGACCAGGACCUCUCACCAGGCAGUAAACACCUUGCAUACAGGCCCAGUUCAGCUCCCUGUAGCCCAUCAAGAGUGCCCCUUAACUCCACCCCGUGUAGUCUGUCACAGCCUGCCAGUCCAGCACGGAUGCCCUCUACGCAACCAGCUAGGCCUUUGCAACUGCGAAUUCUUUCCCGCCAGUUUGUUGCGCAACUGAACGUCACAACAAUGCUCCCUCAUGGCUGUGGGGCCGGCGGCACAGAGCUUAGACCUGGAGACAUUACACAGAACCUAAACCUGGACAGUCAAACACUUGAAUCAGCUCUUUGUUGCUCUGCCACUGUCGUGCCCGCACCCCCAUCAGUUUCCCAUCUGCAGAGUAAGCAGUCGAGUCCUCUUCGUGAUCCGCCGUUGCCCACACCAUCAAGCCUUGUGCACCAAAGCACUUCAGUGGACCGCAGUAGCCUCGUUCACAUGUCUUCUGAUGCUGAAACUGUGGAGGACGUUCCUUAUCAUCAAAGUGCUUCUCUUGACUGCACAUUGCAAUGCACAAAACCUUUGGAACACCAGGCAAGCACAGUACAUAUACAAGCUAGCAUGAGUGGUGCUAGCCCUUCACAUGCUAGUGAAAUGCCUGCUAGUCCUGCUAGCUCACUUCAGGCCUCAUGUGACUCAAUGACGGAGGUGACAGACCCUGCCGAACCUUUACCAGCAAGGACCAGUCCUUUAAGCCAACAAGAUAGCCCGGUGAUGCUAACUGGUGACUGCUCUUCCCAGCCGCCAGCCAGCCCCUCGUCAGUGCUUUCUACUCACGCUGACACCAUCCCACCUAAGAAUGAAAACACCAAGACAGCAGUUGACCAUCUGUGCCAAGUCACUGGAUUACAAACCGGUCCUGGUCCACUGGGUGGUUGCAGUCCAACUGGGUGUGUGCGUGAUCCAGAGCCGCCUCAGCUCACAGAGUCUGGCCAGUCUAGUCUUUUACAAGUCUCGACUUGCAGCAGUCCCUCAGAGACGAAGCUUUUACAUUCAACUAACGUUAGUCCUACACACUGUAGACCUGCUUAUGACAGCUCUGAUAGCCAAGGUCUGAGCAUCAUUUCCUUGGAGGAGAGUGUUUGCUUGAGCAACCAAAGUUCCUUACAAACUUGUGUGACGUUACGCACAUGCACACAUGCUAGUAGCAGCCGGACUCCAACGCAGGCUGCUGAAACAUUUCACGGUAGCCCCACAGGUAGCACAGAUUCUAGCCUUAAAUCGAACACACAGGCCACUUUUCGAGACCAGAAGUCGCUCAUUUCCACUUCACUGCAGCUUGAUUCUGGUCCAUGUUUGACUUCAGAUUCUUCAUGGAAGACCAAACCAAAAUCGACAAGUUGCCAACCCGGCUCGCUCACUGCUCGCCAGGCUAGUGUGACUUACCCUCGCCAGUCUCCAGCACCAUUAAGCCCCUUGAAUGACAGACUACCCAGCAGUCCCACUCAGGAACACACUGACAUGCCUGAACCUCGAUGUACUCAUAAAACACUAGAUCGUUCUUCCCCCACUCGUGCUACACAAACCCAUACAGUGAACGGGAGCCAGCUUUAUAGUCAUUCACAAUUGGCUAAUGCACAGAUUACACAAAGUCUUACUCCUACCAGCCCUGAGGAGCCAGAGACCAGUACGGGUCCAGCUGUUCAUACUCUCGUUGAGUCAGAAACUGGCCCAUGCCCUACUGGUCCUACUUCUAUCGUCUUGUCUGUGGGCGAGGCCACAUCCAUUUACACCACAGACCAGGAAGAACAUCUCAGCUUACACCAGUACCUUCCUGAGACGACAAAAGGAGGAGUGCUGGAUCUGGAGAAGAAUGAGCAGGAACAGGAGGGAAAUGAGGAGCAGAAGCAAGAGAAUAGCGAGCAAGAGGAGAGUGAAGUACAAAACCAGGAGGAGCAAAACCAAGGGCAUAAGGAGCAGAACCAGGAGGAGCUCAGUAGUUCAAAGUGCCCCCCCUCAGGAGUUCAUCUGUCUCCUGGUGAGCCUGCUGCAGUGUCCCCCUUCCUCUACAGCCCUCCCUCGCCCUCAUCGCCCUCACCUACCGCUUCCCCGCCGCCAUCGACUGCCGAUCUUCAACAUGGCGACGUCUCCUCGGAGGCAUCCCUCCCCCUCAGCGUGGCGCCGGACGCGCCCUCAUCUCUGGAGGAGCAAAGUGAGUGGGGACAAGAAGACAUGUUGUUGUCCCAGAAGAUGCUCGAAGCCACCAAAGAUGUUGUCCAAUCCCACGCCGGGUCUUCAGAAAAGGAGUCGUCGACCCCGGAUGCGGUUGCAAUGAGGCCGAACCAGGAGGAGGUGAGGGAGAGUAGCAGUGAUGGCGAAGGGGAGCCGGAGCCAUUUUUAGACAUGGAGGUGAUGAAGCCGAUGAGCUCGUCAUCGCCUCUGUGCGAGUCCCCCCGGCUCCCGUCCUCCCCCAGUCCUCCCCCUCUCACCACACGGAGUCUCAGGCCUCCUCCUCACUCCUCGCCUCCAUCAGACGAGCUCUCCAUCCGCCUAAGACGGUCUCCUUUCUCCACUGAGGCCUCGCCUGAGACCUCCCCGGUCAGGGUCCCCCUCACCCCGCCGCCCCUCUCCCCUCCUUCGCCCCCCCUCAGCUUCACUCCUCCCUACACGGAGUCGCCACCCCUGUGCAAGACGCCUCCUUCCACGGUGAUCCCGCUCACUCGUAAGAUUGGCAUGGGCAAGCCCGCCAUCUCUAAAAGGAAGUUCUCACCCGGCAGGGCCCGGGUCAGGCAGGGCUCGUGGUGGAGUAAUGUCAGAGCGGUGAGCCCCCCCUCGUCCUCCCAGGACUCUAUGGGCGAGGGGGGCCGGGACAGCCCCAAGUUCCGUCAAGCGGACCCGCCCUUCUGGAGCAUGAGAGUGGGUCGCGGGUUGGGCUUUCCCGGGAGGAGGAGGUCCAGAGGAGGAGGUGUUGGAGGAGGACGAGGAGGACGUGGAAGGAGUCGAAUUAAGACGCAGGACUGUUUGUCGGUGUCACCGGCGUGCGGCGUAGUGGAGUCCGUCCCGCCCAAGCAAGAGGAGGAGAACUCCAUGCACAACACGGUGGUGAUGUUCUCUACAUCGGACGUGUUCACGCUCAGACAGGACAUGUGCGUGGUGUGCGGCAGCUUCGGUCAGGGAGCAGAAGGUCGACUGCUGUCGUGUUCCCAGUGCGGCCAGUGUUACCACCCCUACUGCGUUAACGUCAAGGUUACUCGUGUCAUCCUGACCAAAGGGUGGCGCUGUCUGGAGUGUACGGUGUGCGAGGCAUGCGGCGAGGCCACAGACCCCGGGCGGCUUUUGCUGUGUGACGACUGUGACAUCAGCUACCACACGUACUGCCUGGACCCGCCCCUACACACCGUCCCCAAGGGGGCCUGGAAGUGCAAGUGGUGCGUGUGGUGUGUCCAGUGUGGCUCGGCCUCGCCCGGGCUGUGCUGCGAUUGGCAGAGUAACUACAGCCGCUGCGGACCCUGCGCCAGUCUCACCUGCUGCCCCCUCUGCCAGAGAGCUUACACCAAUGAUGACCUCAUUCUGCAGUGUCAGCAGUGUGACCGGUGGGUGCAUGCAGUUUGUGAGGGUCUGACCACUGAACAUGAGGUGGAGAUCACUGCUGAUGAAGGUUUCGACUGUUCACUGUGCAGAACACACAGUCACAUCCCAUACGGGAGGCUGGACAAUUUGGACAUGGCUCAGAUCCUCUCCAGGAGCCGAGAAGCAGACACGAAGACGUACAGUCAGGACGGAGUAUGUCUGACCGAGUCGGGCCUCUCUCAACUCCAGUCUCUGGUUGAACCCUUGACCUCCGCACGCAGGUACCGCAGGUGCAAACCCAAACUGAAGCUGAGGAUCAUUAACCAGAACAGCGUGUCUGUUCUGCAGACCCCGCCCCACCCGGACACAGGUCACUUGGAGUGUGACCUCAAGUCCGACUCGAGCCCCGAGAGAGAGCAUGUCCCUGAGGAUGAUGUCAGCAAAGACUUGGCGAAGAGGAAGAGGAAGCCAUACAGGCCAGGUAUCGGAGGCUUCAUGGUGCGGCAGCGAGGCGGGAAGGCGGGAGCCGGCGCCGUUAAAGUGUGCGGCGGGAAAGAUUCAAGUGAGAUGCUGCAGGCAGACGAAGAUGGAGCCGAGCAGAGCGUGGACAAGGUGAAGAAGCGAUACAGAAAGAAGAAGACAAAGCUAGAGGAGGCCUUCCCGUCUUAUCUACAGGAAGCGUUCUUUGGUCGGGAUCUUCUGUAUCGCAUUCGUCAGGUGGACCAGGGAGCGGUUGAUGGAAAAGGCCCCACCCCCUCAGAAAAGCUGAUGGACAGAAAGCAGGAAAGACUUCCGUUGUCGGAUGACGCGCUGGUGGAUCUGCGUGACGUUCUCGACACGCACCCUCACAUUCUGGCCACGGGACACGCAGCUGGCCCCUUGCCGACCUCUGAGCUGACAGGAAGUGGCGGGCAGGCUCAGAGAGCGUUGCACGAAGAGCCUCUGGACGCCAUCUUAAACCCCGAGCUGGACAAGAUGGUGACAGACGGUGCCAUCCUGAGCAAAUUGUACAAGAUUCCAGAGCUGGAAGGGAAGGACGUGGAAGAACUCUUCACUGCUGUACUCAGCCCGGACGCCAGCGAGCAACACAACCAACACGCACACGCUGCAGCAGCAGGUGUCGGCGCGUUUCCUCGUCUGGCGCUACUGAACGGCGUGGCGGGCCGCGCCCCCGACGUAGACGUGAUGCCGGGGGGGGCCUUCUGUGGCGCCACCCCUUGCCUGCUCCCAACCAAUCAGGCGGCGGGGGAGGGCGAGCACGACGCCAUGUCGACGGCUCAGAGGAGCAUGUUGAAGUGGGAGAAGGAGGAGGCUCUGGGGGAGCAGGCCACAGUUGCGCCUGUGCUCUAUUGCAAUACCAACUUCCCCCAUCUGAGGGAGCAGUACCCUGAGUGGUCCACAAGAGUGAAGCAGAUUGCCAAGCUCUGGAGGAAGGCCAGCUCUCAGGACAGAGCGCCUUACGUGCAACAUGCGCGCGACAACCGUGCGGCUCAGCGCAUCAGCAAGGUCCACAUGUCCAGCGAGCCCCCGAAGCGUGCACAACCCUCCCAGCCGCCACCGCUUCAAGGACCGUACGACGCCGUCUCCCCGGACGCCGACUUGGCGCUGAAGGACCCGCUCAGGCCCAGAGAGUCGCAGCAGGAGCAGGAGUGGAAGUUAAGACAGGGAGAGGUAAAAGACAGAUGGCGAGCCGGUAAGAAGAGGCAGGAAAAUACAGAUAAAGAUUGUCCCUUCCAGGCAUCUCUAGCAGGAGGUGGCAAAGAGGCUCCGCAAAUGCGUCAGAAGAGCAAGCAGCAGGCCAAGAUGGAAGCCACCCAGAAGCUGGAGCAAGUGAAGAAUGAGCAGCAGCGGCAGCAGCUCUCAGCAAAUCAGCAGCCGGACGUGUCGCCGGACGUUCAGGCCCGACAGAACCUCCUCCAAGGCUCGUCAUUGGCUGACAACGUGUUCCUCAGACCGCAAGUCCCGCCGCCUUCUGGCUACUCCUCGCUUCCUCACUCCCCCCGCUCCCCUCACUCCUCCUCCCCCCUCCAGCAGCCCCCGUCCUCCCCCCAAGUGUUCUCCCCUCCUUCGUCCCGCCCCACGUCACCCUGGGACCCCUACAGUAAGCCGGCGGGAACCCCUCGGCCCGCCUCCGUUCAGCGCUGCCCCCUGCUCAGCGUCUCCCCCGCCCUGGGUUCUCCCGCACCCUCGCCAGACUCGAAAGCCUCUGAUGCUUCAAGGACCCUCGCACCCCAGCCAGGCCUGCAGCACAGCAGAGCGGCUAUGAAGAGCCCCCCCUCUGGCUCCCAGGUGUACCACAGGUCUCAGGUCCAAGGGGGGGUGUUUAAAGCCCCCAUGCCGCCCCAAAACCAGCUGCAACAGGAGUUGUUUGGCACCAGGAGGGACCCGUCCAGACCCGCAGACCUCAGCCUCCCUCAGCCUCAGGAUCCCGCCUUUCAUUCUGGCCUGGGCUCCCCUCAGCGCAGCCCUUACGCCCCCACACUCGGGACCCCCAGAGUUGACAAUAGCCAGCAGAUGGCUGAGCCCAUCGUCCAGCAGUCCUCUUUGCCUUCCCAGCCCUCACACGAUGCCUACACCAACUCUCCAACUUCUGGCCCACACAGUGACAGCUUGUACCUCCCGAACACCAACCCGAGCCUUAGCACGUCGCCCGCGCUCUGCCUCGACCACUUGAAGAUGGUGACCGGCCGCCGCCCGUCCCCCUCCCAUCCCGCAUUGGACCCCUACUCUUCAAACACUGGCGCGCCACGCCCCUCGGUUCCCGAGCGCUUCCCGAGAUCGCCGGGUGGCACGCUGACCUCCGACCCCUACGCCAGAGCCCCCGGUACCCCGCGCCCCUCGCCGGACCCUUACGUCCAUCAACCCCCCACUCCCCACCCUCAGAAGGCCCCCGAAACUUUUGGCCAGGCCCAAGUGGAGACCUUCGCUCCUCAACUCGGGAGAUCUUCUAUUGGUCGGGACCUUGGUGGCGGGACGGUGACUCAUAAGCAGUCGCCACAGCAGGACUCCUUUCCCAGGACCCCUGCGAGUAGCCAGACCCCAAAGCACCUUGGGGCAUCUGACGACAGAUUCUCAUCAGGUCAUGUCACCUGCGGACCCUCCCAGAUGGACAAGAUGGCAGCAAAUGACAUGGUGGCAGUAGGUGUGACUUCUUUAGAAGGACCACUGUGCCUGCUUCCACAGCUUGGUGACUCAGAGGAGAAACUGAAACAGCGUCAGAGGCUGCGCCAGCUCAUCCUUAGGCAGCAGCAGCAGAAGAGCGCACUGCGGCAGGACAAAGGCCUUCAGGAGGCCGGACCCUCGGUAGUCACACCCGGUCCGGCCGCCGGCGCAGCGACACCCCAUCGCUGGCUCCAGGACGCCACCGCCACCUCUCCGACGGACGUGUUUGGACGUCCCCCGCCGCCUUACCCUGGCACGCUGCGUCUUCCCAGGCCAGCUGGAGUUUAUCCUGGAGCUUUUCCAGGGGAACAGCCGAGAGGGUUGACCCCCAGUGCGUCUGGUUUUCCCGUGCAGAGCGCAACGCCGUUGAGGUUUGGGUUGCAGGACUCCUUCCCGCGCCCCCCCCUGGCGUUGGUGCCCGGCGCUGGGCUCGCAGGCCCCAGGGUAGCCCCGGUCCCGAUGAGGAAGCCGGUGCAGGGUGAGUUGAUCGCCAUCCGUCACCUGACUGCCACCAGCCCGCACCCUCACAUCGUGUCAGUCGCCCCCCAGGCUUUUCCCGUCCCCCCCGCGCUCUCUGUGCAGCAGCACAGCAUCAUGGGUCAACCCUACAUUGAGCUUCGCCACCGCGCUGCGGAGAACCGCUUGAGACUGCCCUUCUCCCUCACGGUCGGCCCAGUCUCCGAGACCCCCCCGCCAGCUGCCAAGCCCAGUCUGGGAGCCCGGACGGGGGAGACUGCGACGGGCCGGCCCAUGCUCCUGAUGCUGCCGUUGAACCAGCAGAAUCAGCAAAACCUGGUCCAAGCCCCGGCGUUGGGUCCGGGCAACGACGCGGCACUCCAAGGAGCCGAGGGCAUGGACGAGCACCUUGAAGGGGUGGACUCUGCGGUCAAAGAUCUGGAAGAUGUGGAGGUGAAAGAUCUAGUUGACCUCAAUCUCAACCUGGAUCCGGAAGAUGGCAAAGAAGACUUGGACCUGGGUGCUAACGACCUCCACCUCGAUGACUUCCUGCUGUCGGGGAAGUUUGACCUGAUCGCUUACGCUGACCCCGAGCUCAACCUAGACGACAAGAAGGACAUGUUCAAUGAAGAACUUGACCUGGGAGAGUCCACGGGGGACAAGAAGGACGGACCCAGAAAGACGGAUAACGUGCUGGGUCAGGUGAAAAAAGGAGGUGACGAGAGCGUCAAGGCAGAUCCUCAAGACCAGUCUGCUCCCCUUCAUCUCCCUCCACAACCGAGAAAGCUCCCUGGACCAGAUGGAGUUUUUGGACUACCUGUAGCUUCUGGGGCUGAGGCAGCUGGAGCCUCUCAGCCCGGCUCCUCUUUGCACCUCGCUAAGGGGGAGUUGGGAGUGUCUGGGAUUUUGCCAGAACUUCAUGCCCAGGGAAAAGUUCUGUCUUCUGCCGCGACUCCCACGCCGGCUCCAGGUCCGCAGUCUGACUUUCAGCGGAGAGCACCCGGACCCUCGUCGGCUUACCUUGAUCCACCACCUCAGACUCAUCCGCUGCCAUUUCAGCGCACGUCGGCUCAUCAGGGUCUUCCGUCUGGUUCCGGCCCUCACUCGGUGUCACUCCGAUUGCCCCAGCCUUGCCUCCUCCUCAACACUCAGGCCCAGCCUCCUCAGCGGGACGUGCCGACUCAGACCCAGGACCAGGACCAGAACAAAGGCAAACCUUUGCUUCUGGAGGAGCAGCCUCUCUUGCUGCAGGAUCUCCUGGACCAGGAGCGCCAGGAGCAGCAGCAGCAGAAACAGAUGCAGGCCCUGAUCAGACAGAAGUCCACCUCGGAGCCCGGAAUCCCCGAUUUGGCAGACUUUGACUCCAUCUCGGACCCCAUCAUGAAGGCCAAGAUGGUGGCUCUGAAGGGCAUCAACAAGGUCAUGAGCCAAGGCAACCUGGGCCUCAACAACAUGGUCGUUAACAGGUUUCAUCAGGCUCCUGGCGCCGCCACUCCCGAGGCCACAACGCAGCCUCCUCUUUCAGUGGGACAGGACGCCGAGUUGACCCCUCAGCCGGUCCAGCCCAGCCCUCCCAGCUGCGGACCCGGCUUUGUCAACGACUCUCAGAGGCGUCAGUACGAGGAGUGGUUGGGGGAGACGCAGCAACUCUUGCAGAUGCAACAGUGCCUCCUGGAGGACCAGAUCGCCGUGCACCGCAAGACCAAGAAGGCUCUGUCGGCCAAACAGAGGACGGCCAAGAAAGCGGGCCGUGUGCUGGGCGAGGAGGAUGCCGCCCAGCUGCGCUACGUCGUGGACCAGCAGUCCGCCGUCCAGAAGCAGCUGGAGCAGAUCCGGAAGCAGCAGAAAGAUCAUACGGUGCUGAUUGAGGACUACAAGACCAAACAGCGGCAGCAGAGAGCCCCCACGAACGUGCCUGCUGCAGUGCUCCCCCAAAAUGUGCUUCCUUUGCAGAAGAACGCCCAGAGCGUCCCUCACGGUUGGUCGCCAGCGGGCUCGGCAUCUCGCCCACCGCCUCAGAUGUCGCCCGCCCGCUCGACGACCCCUCAGGUUUCAGCCGUAGUGCCCGGACUUCCGACUCCAACGGCGGGCUUUGCCCCCAGCCUCAGGGGACCCGCCGGUGGCACCUCGGCGGGUGACUCAUCGACCCCCUCGCCACAGGUCAAAUUUGACGACAACAACCCGUUCAGUGAAGGUUUCCAGGAGAGGGAGAGGAGGGAAAGGCUGCGAGAGCAGCAAGAGCGACACAGAGUGCAACUCAUGCAGGGGGUGGAGCGCCAUCGAGUAUUGCACCAGCAGAGGCUGGAUCUGGAUCAGCAAGGCCUCGGGUCCCGGUCGGGUGCCGCCGGGCCGGCAGUAGGCGAGACUCCCGGCUCCACCCCCUGCGGGGAAGGGCUCUCCCAGAUGCCCUUCUUCAGUUCUGAGCUUCCCCAGGACUUUCUCCAGUCUCCCCCGGGCCCCGGACCACCCACGCUGGGGGGGCAGGCGGGGGGGCUUUUUCCUCAGACUCAGCAGGGCUUCACGGUGGGGCCGCUCCCGCACGGGGUGGGCCCCGCCUCGGAGUUCAUUCCAGGGGCUUCCCCGGAGCGGGGUAGGGUCUUGCCCGUGGAGGCGGCGUCUCCAAACCUGCAGACUAAACCGAGAGCUGCCGGGAGUCUGGGUCAGGUCCACGCGCCGGGCGCCCUUCAAAUGCCCUCCAAACAAGGCGGUCAAGGUCUUCCGUUCAGCCCCGACUCAGCCUCCUCCUCGCCGUCCGCCGUCCUCCACGCGUCAUUCUCCUCGUCGCCCCUUCCUCAGCUCUACGCCGACAUCCUGCCCGAUGACGGCCCGAAGAGGAGGAGGAGCGUCAACCGGGACAGAGACAACGCCGCCGCCGGAGGAGGAGCCCGAACGCCGCUGUCGACUCACUCCGAUGACAUCACGGCCCCGCCGACUCCGGCGUUUUCCGACACUUCCUGUUCUACCCCCACACGGAGCGGCGCGGAGCUGGCCGACUUGAACUUGCCCCUCUCGGCUCUGGCCCCGUCCUCUGAGCUGGAGAGGCAACUGUCGGUAGUUUGUGCGGCCCAGGAAAGAAGCUCUCUUCUGGGCACGGACGCUCAAAGCGACGACCUGUGUGGAAGCCGAACUGCAGUCAAGGAGGAGCGCGAGGAGCGAGGAGCCUGCGGAGGAAAUCCCGUAAAGCUGGAAUGCGCCUCCCCUCUUUACGGCGGCCGGGGGGGUGACCUCGGGAAGGAGCUCCUCCGGCACCUGCUGAAGGAAAAAAACUCUCCCGCAAAGACACCGUCGCCGAGCCGCCAGCUGUCAGGUGAAAGCGCGCGUUCUAAGGAUGAGGAUGGCGCCGGUUUCCAUGGCAAUAUGACAGCAGACGGUCCCGAUGUCCUGGACUUGUUGGGUAAGAGGAAGCCCCAGCGCUGUAAGAGAGCCGCACGGCCCGACAAAGACAAAACUCUCUGCAAAUACAAGAGGAGACGACGAGAGGACGACGACGACGACGACGACCACCACCGCGCCCUCGACUGCUCCUCUUCCCCGUCAGAGCAGAUCAUGACGCACCUCACGCAGCUGUCGGCGCUGCCCCUCAUGGAGCCCGUCCUGGGUCUGGACCUGAGCCCGUUCCCCCCGUACGGCGGCUCGUCUCUGGGCCGAGACUCCAGGCUGAGCGGCUCCUUCGGCAGCGCCUGCCUGGAUGGAGUCGCCGACUACUACACGCAACUCACGUGCAAAAACCUCCUCGGCAACCCCCCCACCCCUCCGGCCUCGCUGCCGCCCACCCCCCCUCCGGUGGCCAAGCAGAAGCUCGUCAACGGCUUUGCCACGGCGGAGGAAGUGAGCAGGAAGGACGUCCGAGGGGUGACAUCCAAGGGCGAAGAUCUUCAUCAGACCGCCAAGACCGUGGACGUGCCCGCCUCCCUGCCCACGCCACCGCACAACAACCAGGAAGAACUCCGCGUCCAGGACUCGUCGUCCCCGUGCGACAGUCCGGACGGCUUUGUGCCGUCCUCGUCCCCCGAGAGCGUGGCCGACACGGAGGUCAGCAGAUAUCCCGACCUGUCCUUCGUCAAGACCGAGGCGCCGUCCCCCUGCCCGUCACCGCCCAUUCCCAUCGUGCCCUGCUCCUGGGGCAAAGGCACUGCGCUGAAGCGGGAAGUCAAGAUGGAGCCGAACCAUCAGGCUCCUCCCUCCUGCUCCAAAGCAGAUCUGGUUACCAUAGCGAUCACCUUGAACCCGACGGCCUCUCAGAAUGUUCCUGGCGUCGUGGCGGCAGUGGCCAAGCUGCUGCGGGUGCCCGCCUCCGUCGACUACCGGCUGAGCCAUGCCCAGUGUGCCCCGCUCGGCCUGAUGGCUGGAGUCUCUGUGCCGCUACCUCAGACUUCAGCAAGCAGCAGGCAGCCGAGAACAGCGCCACCAGCUGGUGUGAGGAUGGACCCCAUCCAACGCAGCGGCGGUCCCGCCGUCUCCAGGCCGCCGUCGUGCAGCUUCUGCAAAGUGCUCCUGGGAAACGGAGUUCGCCAAAUCAAAGAGGCCAAACAGGAGGGUUCGUCCAGUCUGCUGUUCUGCAGCCCGAACUGCUCUGCUCUCUACUCGUCGGGCCUGAAGAGCAGCACCUCCGCAGACGAGCCUCCGGACGACCCCCCCCCUCCUCUCCCUCAGCACCGCUACACCAACAACAUGUCGUCCAUCACCGUCCACUCGCUCCCGCCGGCCGCCGUCCGGGCCGCCGGCUCCUCCCCGCCCCUCCACUUCCCCUCCGCAUCCGCUGUCACCAUGGAGACCAAACCCCGCGUGGACAGCCUCAAGGUGAAGGUGAAACUGAAGCCCCACCCCUACGCCUUCUCCGAGGGUGACGACUCGCUGCCCGGCAAGCGGACGAAGAGUUCGCGGUGGCGGCGCUGGAACGUCGACGUCGCUCUGAGCAGGGGCCCCAUUUCCGACAAGGCCGUCGCCACGCCGACCGAGGAGGAAGGGGACGUGUUGUUGAAGAAGCUGGGGGCGUGUCUACGGCCCGACCCGUUUCCUACCGACCGGCGGAGGUGUUGCUUUUGUCACCAGCAGGGCGACGGAGAAACCGACGGACCCGCCAGACUGCUCAACCUGGACUUGGAUUUGUGGGUGCACCUGAACUGCGCUCUGUGGUCCAGCGAGGUGUACGAGACUCAGGCGGGCGCACUGAUCAACGUGGAGCUGGCGCUGCGCCGCGGUCUGUCUCUGCGCUGCGCCCACUGCCAGCGGACGGGCGCCACCAGCGGCUGCAAUCGGCUGCGGUGCGCCAACACGUACCACUUCACGUGCGCGCUCAGGGCGCACUGCACCUUCUUCAAGGACAAGACCAUGCUGUGCCAGCUGCACCGGCCCCGGACGGGCUCGUCCGCGCCGGGCCCGACGCCCGACCCGCGCUCGUGGGCGCGCGACCCCUACAACUCGGAGCUGCGGCGCUUCGCCGUGUUCCGCCGCGUGUACGUGCAGCGUGACGAGGCGCGGCAGGUGGCGGCCAUGGUGCAGCGCGGUGAGGCGCGCCACACGUUCCGCGUGGGCAGCCUCCUCUUCUGCGCCGUGGGCCGGCUCCUCCCGCGGCAGAUGAACGCCUUCCACGACGCCGCCGCCAUCUUCCCCGUCGGUUACCACGCCGACCGCAUCUACUGGAGCAUGCGCCAGAGCAACAGGCGCUGCAAGUACAUGUGCUUCAUCGAGGAGCACGAUGCCCGGCCGCUCUUCAAGGUCAAGGUGGUGGAGAAGGGCUACGACGACCUCGUGCUGACGGCGCCCACGCCCAAAGGCGUGUGGGAGCAAAUCCUGGAACCCGUGGCCCGGCUCCGAAGCUCCAGCGGAACUCUCAAACUCUUCCCGGACUUCCUGAAAGGAGAAGACCUCUUCGGACUCAGCGCCUCGGCCGUCAGCAGGAUCGUUGAGUCCUUGCCAGGAGUGGAGGCGUGCGAGCGGUACACCUUCCGUUACGGCCGCAACCCGCUCAUGGAGUGGCCGCUGGCCUUCAACCCGUCCGGCUCGGCCCGCUCUGAGCCCAAAGCGAGCGCGGCAAAGAGGCCGUACCUGCCCGCCGGCACGGCUCCCAGGUGCCAGGGCUCGGUGGGCUCCAUCGUGGGUCCGGUCCCGGGCGUCAUCUCGCUGUCGCCGGGCGAGACGGUGGCUGGCGCUCAUCAGGGGCGCCACUCCAAGCUGGCACAGUACCGCCGCAUGAAGGCCGACUGGAAGACCAACGUCUACCUGGCGCGAUCGCGCAUCCAGGGCCUGGGGCUGUACGCCGCCAGGGACAUCGAGAAGUGCACGAUGGUCAUCGAGUACAUCGGCGCCAUCAUCAGAAGCGAAGUGGCCAACCGCAAGGAGAGACUCUACGAGAGUCAGAACCGAGGCGUUUACAUGUUCCGAAUCGACAACGACUACGUGAUCGACGCCACCAUCGCUGGAGGACCUGCUAGGUACAUCAACCACUCGUGUGCGCCCAACUGCAUCACGGAGGUGGUGAGCGUGGACAAGGAGAACAAGAUCAUCAUCAGCUCGUGCAGACGCAUCCAGAGGGGAGAGGAGCUGUCCUACGACUACAAGUUUGACUUGGAGGACGACCAGCACAAGAUUCCGUGCCACUGCGGCGCCUUCAACUGUCGCAAGUGGAUGAAUUGAACGGAAAUUGCGAUUGCCUGACGGGGGAGUGCUGAGCUGCGAGUUCGAUUGCUGGGCGAGCGGGCGAGCGGGCUGGAGGCUGGAGGCUGGCCCUCUGUGUGUAAAUGUGUACAAAGAUGAGCAGAUGAUUUGUGUAAAAUAACUUUUUGUUUUUGUAUUUAUUAUGAAAUGAGCUUAUUUUCUAAUCACACUCACUCGUUUCGGGUGGCGAGUCGCUCGCAGCGUGUAAAUAGCGUCCACACACAGAAAAAAAACAACUUCACACUUUGGACGAGAGGCCAUUUUGAAGUUUUCUUUGCUCCUGUGUCAUUUUGAUUUUGUUUGUGGCCGCGCUACCCCACACGUGAUGAAAUGAAAUUAGUUUGGGGGGAUGCCGUUGAGCCUGUUUUAGAAACAUUUACAGAAAAUAAAAUAUUUUCCAUCUUGAGACAA